CCACUUACCCUCACACAACCUCACGGGCUUGCAUGGUUAUUUCCCACCCAUUUUGCUCCUGUCUCAUAGAAUGCUUUUGGUUGGAAGGGACCUUUAAGAUCACCUCAUUCCAACCCCCGGCUAUAGGCAGGGAUACCUCCUCUAGACCAGGUUGCUCAGUCUCAUCCUGCCUCGCCUUGAGUGCUGCCAGGGAGGGGCAUCCACAACCUCUCCAUGCAAGCUGCUCCAGAGACUCACCCACACAACGUGUGCUGAGGACAUCUCCUACAAACUAAAGCUGCUGUGGUGUAGCCAAGGAUGUGUCAGCCCCCAGAGCCCCCUCAGGCCACGGGGUCCCUCCAGCACAGCCCCUUUAAGGGCACCGAUGCGGCACGACAUUAAUUUUAGCCUGGAGCACAGCCAGGGCGUGGGGCAGCUGCUCAGCUCUCCCAGCCUGCCCUCUGCACUGCCCCAGCACUGCAGCCCAGCAGCACCAGAGACAUGGCUGAGGAACAGAGAGAGCUGGAGGAGAGGAUCAUCAUCAAGGACCAGCACACCAAGGAGAUCGACCUGGUGAACAGAGAUCCAAAGCGGAUCAACGAAGACGUUGUAAAGGUGGAUUUCGAGGAUGUGAUAGCUGAGCCCGUGGGGACGUACAGCUUUGACGGUGUCUGGAAAAGCAGCUACACCACCUUCACCGUCAGCAAGUAUUGGUGCUACCGGCUGCUCUCGGCCGUGCUGGGCAUCCCCCUGGCCGUGGUCUGGGGCUUCCUCUUCGCCCUCAUCUCCUUCUGCCACAUCUGGGCGGUGGUGCCCUGCAUCAAGAGCUACCUGAUCGAGAUCCAGUGCGUCAGCCGCAUCUACUCCCUCUGCAUCCACACCUUCUGCGACCCGCUCUUUGAGGCGCUCUCCAAGAUCUGCAGUAACGUCAGGGUUGUGCUGCGGAAGGAAACCUAAAUCCCAGGGGCACCACAACCGCCGCGCUGUGCCGGUCCCCGAGCAGCCACAGUGCCCGUUGGGUCUCUGCUGCCGCGCCGGGGCUCUGGCACAGCUGUCCUUGGGAUGCCAAGGACACAGAGGCACCUGUGUGCUCUACUGGUGCUGCCCCGAGCGCUGUGCUGAACCAGGGCCCGGGAGGUCUCUUUGUUCAGAUAUUAUUCUCAAUUUCUUCUUCCCUCAGCUCCUAACAAGUAUUUGAGGCCAAAGUCCCUCCCGGUGCGAUGCCACGGAGAGAGGCACAGUUUGCAUGGUGCUCCUCUGCUGCGGGGUCGUGGAGCUCUGCUGCCCUCAGCAACGUAGCACUGAUGCUGCACAGCACUGCGCCUCGGGGCGGCUGCAGUUACAUGUAAUAAAGGAUAUUUGAAUGUUUGUAGGAAAAAAAAGUUUCUGAAAACACUUCAUCACAGGUAUUUUUUUAAAGGUUUUGUUGGAAUAAAAAUCAU